AUGGAGUCUGUCGAGACUGGUACCUACUCGCUUACGGGAGCUUCCAACCAGGCUUCGCUUAACUCGGCGAGCGCCGUGUCGACGGAAAUAUUUCCCUCCGGCCUCGAUAUCGUAGCGGACGGCACUGAUCCGAUAGUUGAUAUUGUCGCUGUCCACGGCCUCAACGGUCACCCUGAGAGGACCUGGACGGCCAAAAGCGGCACUCAUUGGCUGCGUACACUUUUACCUGAGGACAUACCUAAUGCCCCGAAAGCUAUCAAUUCUAUACAGCGGCCGAUCAUCUUUGUCGCGCAUAGCUUGGGCGGGAUUGUUGUUAAAAGCGCACUCAUUCAUUCCGACGCCGCGCGACGUGGUGCCCUCGAGGAGCACCGUUCAGUAAAACUAUCAACUUAUGGCAUACUCUUUAUGGGCACGCCUCAUCAGGGCGGCAACGCGGUUCAACUUGGGAAGCUCGUGGUGAAUAUUGCCUCGAUAUUUGUGAAUGCAGACGACCACUUAUUAAAACAUCUGGAGAGAGAAUCGGAGUGGUUACAACAGCAGCUUGGCCAGUACGGCCCCAUUAGCGGAGACUUCUUGACCAAGUUUGCAUAUGAAGAGUACAAGACUCCCACAAUAUUAGGGAAAUCCAUCAUGGUUGUCCCCUUCGCAUCCGCCGUUGUUCCAGGCCAAGCAGACGCCGAACCCAUCGCUAUUCAUACAAGCCACACCGAUAUGGUCAGGUAUGACUCGAAAAGCGAUAGGAACUACCGAAAGGUCUCCGGUGAGCUACGCAUAAUGAUGAUGGGGGCCCUCGAAGCGAUUCAGCAACGCUGGGAGAAAGAGGCGAGGGUUAACCAUGCUCGUUACGAGGGAGGAUUGGGCAAGACGCAGCUGGUGGCGGAGUACGCUAAACAACAUCACCGCGACUAUUCGGCUGUUUUCUGGCUGAAUGCGCGCGACACGAUAUCACUCAAGCACGGGUUCCUAAAACUAGCUGAGCAGAUUCGCAACGAAUAUCCCCUCGUCGCCUACAUCUCCAGUUCGGUAGAAAGCCGCGACCUCGAUGAAGCGGUUAGCGCUGUUAAACGUUGGCUUGACCAACCCAAGAACAGCAACUGGCUCAUCAUCUUCGAUAAUUACGAUACCCCAGCAUUCCAAAAGGGUAAACAUGUUGCACCAGCUCAACAGGCAGGCACGAAUGAGCCGGAUCAAGAUAUGAAUGCCAUCUCCAGCGCGUACGAUAUCCGACCGUUCCUUCCAAACGCCUACCACGGAGCGAUCCUCGUUACAACACGGUCAUCCCAGGUCAAAAUUGGCCAUCAGAUCGCGCUCAGAAAAAUGACGGAGCUUGACAACAGCCUACAAGUUUUGGCAAGCACGUCAGGCAGAUCCAAUCUCCAUCAAGAUCAAGGUGCCAUAGCGCUCGCCCAGGAGCUAGAUGGGUUCCCGCUAGCGCUGUCCACCGCUGGCGCCUAUCUUUCCAACGUCCAAACGACCUUUGUGGAGUAUCUCGGGAGGUACAAGGACUCAUGGCUCAAAUUGCAAGAAAACACUCCUGAGUCCCUCACGUACGAGAACGGUGCGCUGUACUCUACGUGGAAUAUCUCAUAUGCGGCAGUCUGCCAACGGAACCCAAGGUCAGGGAUGCUUCUUCGCCUAUGGGCAUAUCUCGACAACGAGGACGUGUGGUUCGAGAUGCUUCAACAGAGCCAACAUUCUGAGCCCUCCUGGCUCCAGGAUUUGACACGCGACGCUCUAGACUUUGACGCAGCGAUACGAGUCCUAUGUGACUACGGCCUCGUCGAGCCAGAUACGUCAUGCCAGGAACGUCGCACUGAAUCGCCCGGUUACAGCAUGCAUGGAUGCGUUCACAUGUGGACGAUUCACGUACUGAACCAGACCUUGGACGUGGAGAUGGCACUGUUGGCAAGCGCGUGUGUCGCGGGCCAUGUGCCUAAGAACACAGAGAAAGAGUACUGGGUAGUCCAACGAAGGCUCAUGAGACAUGCUGGCCGUUGUUCAAUGGUGCUAAAGAUGCCGGGAAUCUCAUUGACGAGGAGAGAGUCGCGGAUCACCAAGUAUCUAGGUAUUCUCUACCAGGAUCAGGGCCGACUACAUGAUGCCGAGGCCAUGUAUGAUCGGGCGCUUCAGGGCUAUGAGAAGGCACUUGGACCAGAUCACACCUCGACACUGGAUACAGUGCAGAAUUUCGGCAUCCUCUAUAACAAGCAGGGCCGGCUAGAUGACGCUGAAGCCAUGUAUGAUAGGGCGCUUCAGGGCUACGAGAAGGCACUGGGACCAGAUCACAUCUCGACGCUAGAUACAGUGCAUAAUCUCGGCAUCCUCUAUAACGAUCGGGGUCGGCUAGAUGACGCUGAAGCCAUGUAUAAUAGGGCGCUUCAGGGCUACGAGAAGGCACUUGGACCAGAUCACAUCUCGACGCUAGAUACAGUGCAUAAUCUUGGCAUCCUCUAUAACGAUCAGGGUCGGCUAGAUGAUGCUGAAGCCAUGUAUGAUAGGGCGCUUCGGGGCCUUGAGAAGGUACUUGGACCAGAUCACACCUCGACACUGAAUGCGGUGCAUAAUCUCGGCGCCCUCUAUAAUAUUCAGCGCCGGCUAGAUAACGCUGAAGCCAUGUAUGAUAGGGCGCUUCAGGGCCGUGAGAAGGCACUUGGACCAGAUCACACCUCGACACUAAAUACGGUGCAUAACCUCGGCCUCCUCUAUAUGGAUCUGGACCGGCUAGGCGACGCUGAGGCUAUGUAUGAUAGGGCGCUUCAGGGCUGUGAGAAGGCAUUGGGACCAGAUCACACCUCGACACUAGACACAGUACAUAAUCUCGGCAUCCUCUAUUGGAAUCAGGGCCGGGUGGAUGAUUCUAAGGCCAUGUAUGAGAGGGCACUUCAGGGCCUUGAGAAGGCACUUGGACCAGAUCACACCUCGACACUAGAUGUAGUGCAUGAUCUCGGCAUCCUCUAUAGCAGUCAGGGCCGGCUAGGCGAUGCUGAGGCUAUGUUUAAUAGGGCGCUUCAGGGCCGUGAGAAGGCACUUGGACCAGAUCACACCUCGACACUAAAUGUAGUGCAUAAUCUCGGCAGCCUCUAUCAGAUUCAGGGCCGGCUAGAUGAGGCUGAAGCCAUGUAUGCUAGGGCACUUCAGAGCUGUGAGAAGACGCUCGGCUCUAGCCAUGCUUCGACACUCCUCACGGCGCGCUGUCUCUGUGAACUCUUAGAGAAACAGGGCCGAUUUGAUGACGCCGAGGCUGUGAUUAGAGCGGCUUCUCGUGGAAGAGAUAGUAGAUAA